CAAACUCUACCGCAACCCCCUCUCGCAAACUCUACCGCAACCCCGAGCCCCUCCUCUCCCGAACUCUGCCGCAACCCCCUCUCCCAAACUCUUCAUGGGGAAGAAGGAUGGCAGAAAAGAGGGGAGGCAGAAAGGAUCGGGUCCCCAGCGCAACCCCCUCCUUUCCCAAAAGGCCAUAGGGAAAAAAGGCAGAAAAGAGGGGAGGAAGAAAGGAUCUGGUCCUCACCUCCCUUCUUCCUUCCGCAAAGAAAUCGAUCUCUUAAACCCUAACCCUAAAUCUCCUGAGUCUGGAUCCGAUGGAGGAGUGGGAGAUGUCAGGGAGGACGUAUAUGAGUACGAGGAGCCGCUCCCCCAAGAGGAAUCGAAAAAGAACCGGCGGUUCGACUCUGUGGAGAACUAUGAGUACGAGUUCCCGGCAGAGUUCGAGGACGAGGACGUGCCUUCGGAUGAUGAGGAGGAUGAGGAUAUCCCGUCGGACAAGUCGGAUGAAGAGGAGGAACGUGAUAGACAUCUGAGGAUGCUGCAGGGGAUCACCGGCAUGCCCGGCGAGGCAUUUGAAGGUAAGGAAAAGAAGAAGGCGGUUUUAGUGGACUUUCAAGGGGAUGUGGGUGAUGAGCAGAUCAGCAUCCACGAUCUUUUGGACCCUCUUCAUGACAAGCCUGGGUACAGCAAGCUUAGGAGGAGAUUGGAUCACCUGGAAAUGAAGCAGAUGCCCCUUCAGGCCCCACUUUCGAAGGUGGCGAGGGAGAAGCUGGAGAGGAAGGUGGCCUACGAGCAUUCAAAGAAGGACAUCACUAAGUGGGAGCCGUUGGUGAAGAGGAACAGAGAGGCCCCUACUCUGUAUUUUGAUGAGGAUGUGAAUUUGGGCUUCUCAACUGUUGGAGCUAUUGCUUCUAAGUUUGAACCAAGGACAGAGUUUGAGAAGAAGAUGGCUUUGCUGGUCCAGGAUCCAAAAGUUAUGGAGGCCCAUGAGAAAGAUGGUUCAAGACUUCUCGAGUUAAACAAGAUCUCUGUUGAAGAUGUGAAAGACCACCAGAAUCGUCUUGCCAAAAUGCGCAGCCUUCUUUUCCGUCAUGAGAUGAAGGCGAAACAUGUUAAGAAAAUUAAAUCCAAGACAUAUCAUCGUAUUUUGAAGAAAGAGAAACUGAAGGCAGCAUCAGCUGAAAUGCAGAUGGAUCCUGAAGCUGCUAAAGAUUAUGCUAUGAAACAGGAAUUCAAACGCGCAGAGGAACGUAUGACUUUGAAGCAUAAAAACAACUCAAAAUGGGCAAGGCGUAUCUUACAACGUGGAUUAGAAGUACAAGAUGAGGGCACUCGAGCUGCUAUAGCUGACCAACUUCACAAACAUGAACUUUUAACUAGAAAAGUAAAUUCCAUGAAAGAUGCUAGCAGUAGCGAUGACAGUAGUGAUGAAGAUUCUGAAGAUCUCUCACCAAGAACAAGCACUGAACGGGCUUCCAAGCUUCUAAACCGGGCAAAAGAGAAGACAGCUAAUGUCAUGGAAGAGGAGGAUGAGAUACCAAAAUCAGGAGUCUUUGCACUGCCUUUCAUGGAACGUGGUCUAAAAAAGCGACAGGAGGCAGCUUAUGAAGAAGCUCGCCUUGCUCUUCAAGAGUAUGAUAAAGCUCUGAGGCAGCUUGAGGAUGAUGAUGAGACAGAAGGCCCAAAGUUAGCAAAAGUUAGUGGUAGAAAAGUUUUUGGGGGUGCUAAAAAGCAGCCUCAAGGAUCUAAUAAGAGAAUGAGUUCAGAUAAUGUUGGCACUAGUGAUAGUGAAGAUGACAUUGAAGCCACUGAACAUGAGGAAGUUGGGCUUGGAGUAAAUAGCGAGUCACAGGAAGUACAGGUUGGAUCUUCUCUCCGUGAUGAAUCUGAAAUGGGUCAGGAUGCUGUAUUUAAGAGUUUCGAUGGCAUUAUCAAAAACCCUGGUCCAAAGACAACAUAUGAAGUUGCGAUAUUUGCUUCAAAUUCCUGGAAAAAGAUGACAUGUGAAAAUGCAGUAAAUAGCACUGCUGCACAGGCCAAGGCCGUUGAGAAUCCUCCCAUUCCCGCUCAGGAUAUCAAGGAAACGGAUCAGAACAGUGAUUCAGAUUCUGAUGAGGAGAUGGUGGAUGGGUUCCUGUCAUCUAAUGCAAAAACCGAUUAUGAACUUCCUUCUCAAGCUGACCUUAUACACCGUGCUUUUGCUGGUGAUGAUGUGGAGGCCGAGUUUGAGAAGGACAAAAUGGAGCUACUUAAUGAGGAGAACCCUGAACCCGAAAAACCAGUUCUGGUUCCUGGAUGGGGACAAUGGACUUACGUCCAACAGAAGAAAGGCAUGCCUUCUUGGAUGAUAGAAGAACAUAACAAUGCCAAGAGGAAGAGGGAAGAAGCCCUAAAGAAGAGGAAGGAUGCAAAGCUCAAACAUGUUAUUAUUUCAGAGAAAACUGAUAAGAAGGCUGAAAAACUUCUCGCAAAGAAUUUGCCCCGUCCUUAUACAUCAAAAGAAGCUUAUGAGCAGAGCAUCCGUAUGCCGAUUGGUCCUGACUAUAACCCAGCAAUAUCAGUUAGAGCACUUAAUCGGCCUGAGGUUGUCAAGAGAGCUGGGAUCAUUAUAAAGCCAAUCCAGUUUGAGGAGGUAGAUCCCUAUGACAAGCUGGAGGAACCCAAAAGGAAGGCAAAUAAAACAAUAUCUGCCGGAUUUCCAUCUUCCAAGAAGAGGAAAUGAAAUGAGAUAUAUUUUAAUUUUAUUUAUUUAAGAUCAUGAACUUGGACAAAAUAUUUGUAGUGUAGUCAAAAUUUUGAAGUCAGACCUCUACACAAUUGCACAUGUUUUGAAAAUCGUGUAGAUUUGUAAAAUCCUAACUCCAAAUUUUAGACUAAAAAAAUUAGAAAAAAAUGUAGAAAAAUUUUAAGCAAA